CUGUGAUUGGUUCUCUUUGUUUCUCAUGGCAAUAUUAUUGACUGUGAUUGGUUGCCGUUGUCCAAUAUACCAGUAUUAUUGACUGUGUGAUUGGUUCUUCUUGUUUCAGACCUGUCAAAGAACCGUCUGUGUGAGCUGCCAGAGGAGCUGUGCCAGUUCAUCUCCUUGGAGACGCUCAGCUUGUAUCACAACUGUGUUCGCUCCCUCACCCCCAGCCUCUGCCACCUACAGGCUCUCACCUACCUCAACCUCAGGUAGCACACAGCGCUUUUCAACUCCUUGCACUCGUUCAGUUGCCUGCGUGUAUGACUAUUCAUCAUUGUUCUGUGUGUCUGUCUUUGCAGCCGUAACCUUCUCUCCAGCCUGCCCCCCUCGGUCUGUCAGCUGCCCCUCCUGCGAGUCCUGAUCGUCAGCAACAACAAGCUGUCGGCCCUGCCCAGAUCCAUACACACCCUCACACACCUCAGACAGCUGGUACGUAGUAAUACACACCCACGCCUCAGGUUACCCGCUACCCACGCCUCAGGUUACCCACGCCUCAGGUUACCCACUACCCACGCCUCAGGUUACCCACUACCCACGCCUCAGGUUACCCGCUACCCACGCCUCAGGUUACCCACGCCUCAGGUUACCCACGCCUCAGGUUACCCACUACCCACGCCUCAGGUUACCCACUACCCACGCCUCAGGUUACCCACUACCCACGCCUCAGGUUACCCACUACCCACGCCUCAGGUUACCCACUACCCACGCCUCAGGUUACCCACGCCUCAGGUUACCCACGCCUCAGGUUACCCACGCCUCAGGUUACCCACGCCUCAGGUUACCCACUACCCACGCCUUAGGUUACCCACUACCCACGCCUCAGGUUACCCACUACCCCACGCCUCAGGUUACCCACUACCCACGCCUCAGGUUACCCACUACCCACGCCUCAGGUUACCCACUACCCACGCCUCAGGUUACCCACUACCCACGCCUCAGGUUACCCACGCCUCAGGUUACCCACGCCUCAGGUUACCCACGCCUCAGGUUACCCACUACCCACGCCUCAGGUUACCCACUACCCACGCCUCAGGUUACCCACUACCCACGCCUCAGGUUACCCACUACCCACGCCUCAGGUUACCCACUACCCACGCCUCAGGUUACCCACUACCCACGCCUCAGGUUACCCACUACCCACGCCUCAGGUUACCCACUACCCACGCCUCAGGUUACCCACUACCCACGCCUCAGGUUACCCACUACCCACGCCUCAGGUUACCCACUACCCACGCCUCGGGUUACCCACUACCCACCGCACAGGGCUGUCUGAUCUCUCUGUUUUUCUCUAGGUAUCUGUCAAUGUCUCUCUCUCUUUUCUCUAGCUAUCUCUCUUGUAGUCUGUUACUGUGGUCAUGUUUGCUUUAGGUACUCUGUUCCUCUCCCCUCUCUCCUGCUGUCUAUCUGUUCCUCUCUCUGCCCUCACUGGCUGGCUCACAGUCCUGUCUGUCUCAUUCAUUUUUCAGUCCUGUCUCACUCUUCCUUUCUCUGUCCUGUCUGUCUAUCUGUCUCCCCCCCACCCCACCCACAUUUCUAAUAUGCUGCUUCUCCUUUCUGACCUAUAGCCCCUUUUCCCUCACUCUCCCUUCUUUACCUCCCCCUUCUCUCUCUCUCUAUCUCUCUCUCUCUCUCUCUCUCUCUUUCUCUCUCUCUCUCUCUUGACCUUCUUUCUUGCAUACUCUUUGGGGGUGUAGUCGAGGCCUGGGUUGCCGUUACACUUUUGAUGAACUGGUUUUCCUCUGUCCUAUAGGAUGUGAGUUGUAAUGGCCUGCAGUGUUUGCCUGUGGAGCUGGGUCAGCUGGAGUGCCUGAGAGAUCUCAACCUGAGGAGGAACCAGCUCACUACGCUGCCAGAGGGUGAGAGACAAACACACACACACACACACCCCUGACCUUUGACCCCUACGUACACCGUAUAUACCGGUGGUAUUCAAACUUUUUCAGCGGGGGACCCCAUGGCCAUACUUGUCAAGAACACAUCCAUCCGUUUUUUUUAAUAUCGUCAUGAUAAAGUAUAUAUAUUUUGCUUAGAUGUGCUCAAUCUAAAUGGCGUACCAAAUUAUUCAACUCAUGUUUCGCCUUCAAGUACCAUCUCGCAAUGCGCCCUGUGUGUCUGUGGGAAAGGGCUGUUGUCGUCAUAGCAACGUACUCUGCAUCGCUCUGGGCGAACUGCGAGUUGAACUCGGGUGAGAGACUCCUAAAUUGAUAGGGCAGUUUGUUUUAGGCGAUUUUACAGCUAACUAGCUCCUUCACAUGCUGAUAUUGACUGGUAUUAUUGUAUGUAGCUAGCGAGCCAGCCAUCCCAGAGAGGGAGCAUUGCAUUGUGGGGUUUCUAGUCAACUUGAGCAGCAAAAGAUUUCCACAACAAUUUUUGCAUGUUGCUACCAACCUUUUUAUAAUGACAAAAUGUAACAUUUGUUCACCAAAAAUAUUGUUUUCACAUAUUAGUGUUGUUUAACACUAUUAAUCAUGGGAAUUAGUGGUUUGGGGUGGAUUAUCCCUUUCAAAUCUGUACAUUUUUAAAUCAAAAAAUAACCUUCAAUUCAUAACAUUUUUUAAUCUCUUAUCAAAAUGAAAAGAAACCAAUAAAUACAUUUAGUCUAUCAAAUGUAAUUUUUCUAAUUUAUCUUUCUCAAAAACAUUUGUAUAUUGUCCCAUACAAUAAUCUGUAUUCCACAUUUUUUUUAUUCCUAAAACAAUUUGGCAACCCCCCGCCGCUGCAGUUUACCCACGACCGCACUAGGGGUCGUGACCCUGACUUUGAAUACCACUGCUAAUACACCUCUGUGUGUCAGCGUGUCCAUUCAGCCACAAGAGCAUUAGUGAGGUUGGGCACUGGUGUUGGGCGAUUAGGCCUGGCUCGCAGUCGGCGUUCCAAUUCAUCCCAAAGUUGUUCGAUGGGGCUGAAGUCAGGGCUCUGUGCAGGCCAGUCAAGUUCUUCCACACCGAUCUCGACAAACCAUUCCUGUAGGGACCUCACUUUGUGCACGGGGGCAUUGUCAUGCUGAAACAGGAAAGGGCCUUCCCCAAACUGUUGCCACAAAGUUGGAAGCACAGAAUCGUCUAGAAUGUCAUUGUAUACUGUAGCGUUAAGAUUUCCCUUCACUGGAACUAAGGGGCCUAGACAUUUGACGAACUGACUUGUUGGAAAGGUGGCAUCCUAUGACGGUGCCACGUUGAAAGUCACUGAGCUCUUCAGUAAGGGCAUUCUACUGCCAAUGUUUGUCUAUGGAGAUUGCAUGGCUGUGUGCUCGACAUUAUACACCUGUCAGCAACGGGUGUGGCUGAAAUAGCCGAAUCCACUCAUUUUGAAAGGGGUUUCCACAUACCUUUGUGUAUAUAGUGUAUAAAUUAGGCAUAAGUCCAACUGUUCCUAACCUAGAUGAUAACACUCUACUUCCCCUGAUAUCUCCUCUCUGACCCUGUUGUGAAACAAACCAGACUACCACUACCAGAUGCUUUAACCCAAACAAACCAAUACAGUAGUUGUAAACAACGGCACUGAAAUCCCACAGUGAAACAAGCCUGCUGCCUGUGACCGUGUGACCUGUACGGUGCCGGUAUAGCUCUGGCCUCAUAGCGCCCCUCCAUCCGCUAAUCCUGCCCUGAGCUCCCCUCCAACCUCCAGGUUCUCAGAACAAGAUAACAUGGGUUACAACCACUGAAACACCUCCAUUUGAGUCGACACGGUUUGAGAAAAGUUGUUUCAGGCCUUAUGUGAAUUGAAUAAAACAUAAUUGCUAAAUCAUAGUUCAAAUGAAAGUCCCCCCCCCCCUUCCCCUCAAGGCUAUCAAAGCAUUGACUUGAUAGUGACAAAAGUGUAUUUUUUAUUAUUUCCCAUGAUACAGUAAUUUCCAUGAUGAUUAGAUAUCAGCUUGACACUAAACUACAGCUCUCUACCUCUCAGAGUUGUCCGAGUUGCCCCUGGUCCGGUUAGACGUGUCCUGUAACCACAUCUCCCGCGUGCCCGUGUGUUACCGUCACCUGCGCCAACUCCAGACCAUAGUCUUGGACAACAACCCCCUGCAGCAGCCGCCCGCCCAGAUCUGCUCCAAGGGGAAGUACCACAUCUUCAAGUUCCUCAACAUCGAGGCCUGCAAGAGGAGCCAGGAGGAGCUGGAGAGAGCCCUGAGACCUACAGGGUUUAAUAGCUGGUGAGAGGGGAAGGGAGGGAGAGGAGAAGGAGGAGGGGAGGGAGGAGACGAGAUAGAGAGUUGAUCUAUUGACUUAAUUGACCUUUUAAUCUAACAGUUAAUUACACGAUGAGAGGGAAGGAUGGAGGGAGAUGGCAGAGGAAUCACAUACAUCAAUGAAUAAUAACAGAUCAGUAAGGGAUGACAAAGAAAAACCAAAUGGACUUGGAGUGGCUACUGAGACCUACUGGCUUGUACAGCUGGUGACUACCGAGACCUACUGGCUUGUACAGCUGGUGACUACCGAGACCUACUGGCUUGUACAGCUGGUGACUACUGAGACCUACUGGCUUGUACAGCUGGUGACUACUGAGACCUACUGGCUUGUACAGCUGGUGACUACCGAGACCUACUGGCUUGUACAGCUGGUGACUACCGAGACCUACUGGCUUGUACAGCUGGUGACUACUGAGACAUACCGGCUUGUACAGCUGGUGACUACCGAGACCUACUGGCUUGUACAGCUGGUGACUACUGAGACCUACUGGCUUGUACAGCUGGUGACUACUGAGACCUACUGGCUUGUACAGCUGGUGACUACCGAGACCUACUGGCUUGUACAGCUGGUGACUACCGAGUCCUACUGGCUUGUACAGCUGGUGACUACUGAGACCUACUGGCUUGUACAGCUGGUGACUACCGAGACCUACUGGCUUGUACAGCUGGUGACUACUGAGACCUACUGGCUUGUACAGCUGGUGACUACUGAGACCUACUGGCUUGUACAGCUGGUGACUACUGAGACCUACUGGCUUGUACAGCUGGUGACUACCGAGACCUACUGGCUUGUACAGCUGGUGACUACUGAGACCUACUGGCUUGUACAGCUGGUGACUACUGAGACAUACCGGCUUGUACAGCUGGUGACUACCGAGACCUACUGGCUUGUACAGCUGGUGACUACCGAGACCUACUGGCUUGUACAGCUGGUGACUACCGAGACCUACUGGCUUGUACAGCUGGUGACUACCGAGACCUACUGGCUUGUACAGCUGGUGACUACCGAGACCUACUGGCUUGUACAGCUGGUGACUACCGAGACCUACUGGCUUGUACAGCUGGUGACUACCGAGACCUACUGGCUUGUACAGCUGGUGACUACCGAGACCUACUGGCUUGUACAGCUGGUGACUACCGAGACCUACUGGCUUGUACAGCUGGUGACUACCGAGACCUACUGGCUUGUACAGCUGGUGACUACCGAGACCUACUGGCUGUACAGCUGGUGACUUACCGAGACCUACUGGCUUGUACAGCUGGUGACUUCCGAGACCUACUGGCUUGUACAGCUGGUGACUACCGAGACCUACUGGCUUGUACAGCUGGUGACUACCGAGACCUACUGGCUUGUACAGCUGGUGACUGCCGAGACCUACUGGCUUGUACAGCUGGUGACUGCCGAGACCUACCGGCUUGUACAGCUGGUGACUGCCGAGACCUACCGGCUUGUACAGCUGGUGACUGCCGAGACCUACCGGCUUGUACAGCUGGUGACUGCCGAGACCUACCGGCUUGUACAGCUGGUGACUGCCGAGACCUACCGGCUUGUACAGCUGGUGACUGCCGAGACCUACCGGCUUGUACAGCUGGUGACUGCCGAGACCUACCGGCUUGUACAGCUGGUGACUGCCGAGACCUACCGGCUUGUACAGCUGGUGACUGCCGAGACCUACCGGCUUGUACAGCUGGUGACUGCCGAGACCUACCGGCUUGUACAGCUGGUGACUGCCGAGACCUACCGGCUUGUACAGCUGGUGACUGCCGAGACCUACCGGCUUGUACAGCUGGUGACUGCCGAGACCUACCGGCUUGUACAGCUGGUGACUGCCGAGACCUACCGGCUUGUACAGCUGGUGAGUCAAUAGAAGAAAGGAUAUUACAGUACCGACCCAACCUGCAAAUAUAGAAAAUGCGCCAUACAGUUCCCUUUUUUUCUCUUGAACAUUUACUGAAGAAUAAUGUUCUUCUUGAACAUUUUAUUUAUCAACUAUUUAUGCCUAUUGCGAACAGUAGCCUAAUGUUUUGCUGAAACACAAAAAUGUCAAACAACCUGAACUUACACCUUGCGUAUGCUUUUGUGAAAAUACACUGUACAAUUAGGCUACUAUCCUUGAAUAAUUUAUUGAACAAUUGUGUUUUUCUUGAGCAUCUAGGCCUAUUCAUUUGAAAAGGCUUAUUGAACAGUAGCCAAUGGUUAUGCUGAAACUAAACACAAUGUGAAACAAUAAAUGGACCUCUUGUAGGCCGACUGCCUGUGUGGGCUAAUAGCCUAUACCAGCAUAUGAAUUAAAUAAAACAUUGAAUAAAAAUAAAAAAUAAAAAAAAGUCUUAGAAAAUAGGCUAUAACCCCAUCGAAGUUUAGAAUAUCGAAGUACGCACUGUCCAGUUAUGAGGCUGUAAUCGCCUACUUUGUCUUUCGCUUGCAGCACUGUUGAGAAACAGUAGAGCGUCCACUGUGCCAGGUUUCAGGAAGCACUAAAGCUUGGGCUUACACACAUGCCAGAUACAAAUAAUGAAAGAAAAGUCUAAAUGUAUCCUGUAGAUAUGAAUUUGCACAAGUGUUAUACAUUUUAUGGAUUUUUAAUGCAUUGUUUUAUUUAACGCCACCACGGAUAUAACCACGGGGACUGCGGGUUAUGAGUUAACCCACGCAGCACUAGUGUGUGUGUGUGCUGAAUACUGAUGUGUUUGUGUGUGCGUGCGUGCGUGUGUUUGUGUGUGUGUGUGUGUGUGUGUGUUUGUGUGUUUGUGUGUGUGUGUGUGGUCCUAAUGUCUCCCCUACAGUCUGUCGGACCAUGAGUUGUUCUCAGGUCAGUAUGGAGGUUUGGACUCUGGCUUCAACAGUGUGGACAGCGGCAGCAAGAGAUGGUCUGGGAACGAGGUGAGGCAACCAGAGUCCGAGUUAGUUUGUGGUGUUACUACCUUGCAAUUAUCUCUUUGUGUGCGUGUGUCUCUCUACCUUGCGUGAAGAACGGUGGUACUACCAUCUGCCCUAAAUCAAUGUGUCAGACCUACAGAAGCAGUCAAAUGUUUGGACACACCUACUCAUUCAAGGGAUUUUCUUUAUUUUUUUUACUAUUUUCUACAUUGUAGAAUAAUAGUGAAGGCAUCAAAACUAUUAACCAAAAAAGUGUUAAACAAAUCAAAAUAUAUUUUAUUUUCAAAUAGCCACCCUUUGCCUUGACGACAGCUUUGCACACUCUUGGCAUUCUCUCAACCAGCUUCACCUGGAAUGCUUUUACAACAGUCUUGAAGGAGUUCCCACAUAUGCUGAGCACUUGUUGGCUGCUUUUCCUUCACUCUGCGGUCCGACUCAUCCCAAAGCAUCUCAAUUGGGUUGAGGUCGGGGGAUUGUGGAGGCCAGGUCAUCUGAUGCAGCACUCCAUCACUCUCUUUCUUGGUAAAAUAGCCCUUACACAGCCUGGAGGUGUGUUGGGUCAUUGUCCUGUUGAAAAACAAAUGAUAGUCCCACUAAGCCCAAACCAGAUGGGAUGGCGUGGUAGCCAUGCUGGUUAAGUGUGCCUUGAUUUCUAAAUAAAUCACAGAUAGUGUCACCAGCAAAGCACCCCCACACCAUAACACCACCUCCUCCAUUCUUUACGGUGGGAAAUACACAUGCACAGAUCAUCCGUUCACCCGCACCGCAUCUCACAAAGACACGGUGGUUGGAACCAAAAAUCUCCAAUUUGGACUCCAGACCAAAGGACAGUUUUCCACCGGUCUAAUGUCCAUUGCUGGUGUUUCUUGGCCCAAGCAGGUUUCUUCUUCUUAUUGGUGUCCUUUAGUGGUGGUUUCUUUGCAGCAGUUCGACCAUGAAGGCCUGAUUCACGCAGUCUCCUCUGAACAGUUGAUGUUGAGAUGUGUCUGUUACUUGAACUCUGAAGCAUUUAUUUGUGUUGCAAUUUGUGAGGCUGGUAACUCCAAUGAACUUAUCCUCUGCAGCAGAGGUAACUCUGGGUCUUCCAUUCCUGUGUCGGUCCUCAUGAGAGCCAGUUUCAUCAUAGCGCUUGAUGGUUUUUUGCGACUGUACUUGAAGAAACUUUCAAAGUUCUUGAAAUGUUGCGUAUUGACUGACCUUCAUGUCUUAACGUAAUGAUGGACUGUUGUUUCUCUUUGUUUAUUUGAGCUGUUCUUGCCAUAAUAUGGACUUGGUCUUUUACCAAAUAGGGAUAUCUUCUGUAUACCCCCCCCUACCGUGUCACAACACAACUGAUUGGCUCAAACACAUUAAGAAGGAAAUAAAUUCCAAAAAAUUAACUUUUAAGAAGGCACACCUGUUAAUUGAAAUGCAUUCUAGGUGACUACAUCAUAAAGCUGGUUGAGAGAAUGCCAAGAGUGUGCAAAGCUGUCAUCAAGGCAAAGGGUGGCUAUUUGAAGAAUCUCAAAUAUAAAAUAUAUUUUGAUUUGUUUAACACUUUUUUGGUUACUACAUGAUUCCAUAUGUGUUGUGUCAUAGUUUUGAUGUCUUCACUAUUAUUCUACAAUGUAGAAAAUAAACAAAAAGCCUUGAAUGAGUAGGUGUGUCCAAACCUUUUUGACUGGUAGUGUACGUGUCCCGCUCUCUCCUUCUCUAUCUGUGUGUCCAGUCUGCAGAUGACUUCUCGGAGCGGUCCCUGCGCAUGGCCGAGCUCACCAGAGACCAGAGGAACCUGGAGGAAGAGGUGGAGGACGACUCUUCCCUCACAGAGACCCCAGACACGGGUGAGGAGUGAGCUCGAACUAAAACCCCAUCACACAUUAUAGCAUCAGGAAGUCACACACCCAGGUCCUGCAGAGCUACAGGCUUUCGGUUCCAGCUAACCCCUUACAACCAUCUCAGACGUUACGGGCCGCCUUCUCAGACACACAUUUAGCCUACUCCUGGACUCAAACGCAUUAGAUUCUCCAUUGAAAUCUGUGUCCGGGAGACCAGCUCUAGAACCGGGAAACCAGGGCAAGAACAUAGUCACCGGGGAGAGUAGUAAAGUAAAUCUAUGGGUUUUAUUUCUGACUGGUCUCCUUGUGAUGUCAUCUAGUGACUCAUAUCCUCAGUCCCCUAAUAAAGAUUCACAGUAUUGAUACACCCUUCAAAACCAUAACAAAUUAAAUAUUAGCCCACUCACUGAGGAAAGGAACAUGCUUAUUGUAACAAAACAGGAAUUUUAUUUUCAGAGACGGAUAGUGCUCUGUUCUCCUAAAUCUGUUCAUAUCCUCCUCUCCCUCUUCUAAUAAAAAGGCUACACUAUUUUAAUACCCUUCGAGACAUUCCCUAAUGUUAUUUGACUGUCUGUAAUAUCUUUCAUCCUCCCCCUCUCCUCUCCCCUCCUCAUCUCUCCCUCUCUUUUCUUGGUUUUCACAGUGAAUGGGGAGGCAGAGCAGGUGCAUUUCAUAGACCGCAGCGUCACCGAUGAGGAGGAAGAGUGCAGGACGAAUCGUCCCACUCCCCCCUCCACAGCGCCCCCGCAGGUUAGGAGAACACCUUUUAUGAAUGCUUAUAAAGGCUUUUAUUCAUGCUUAUAUGUGUUAUACAUGUCUUUAUGAUGAGUAGAUGUGUAUCUAACGGCGACAUGGUGUUGUUCUCAGGAGAAUGCAAAGGAAUCCUCACCACCUCCCCAAACACAAGACUGUUCUAGAAGCAGGUGAGACACACACACACAAACACACACACACACACACACACACACACACACACACACAAGGUUGGUGGCUCGUGGUAAUGACUGCCGCGAAAUCAGUGGAAUGGUAUCAAAUACAUUCACCACAUGGUUUCCAUGGUGUUUGAUGCCAUUCCAUUUGCUCCGUUCCAGCCAUUAUUAUGAGCCGUCCUCCCCUCAGCAGCAUCCUGUGACACACACACACACACACACACACACACACACACACACACACACACACACACACACACAGCAUUGAUACUGCACAAGGAAACUUCACUCUCAGCCAUGUACCCACAAGGGUAUGUGAUUGUGGUGUUUGUGUGUCAGUGCCAAUUAUAUUCGACUCUUGUUCCUGCAACAGUUUCACUGCGGAUUCAGCAGUUUGACUGUCUGGCUAUGUGUACACAGUCUCAUACACAGCAACCGCCCGUCAGCCUUUCAGAUUGGAAAGGACAGAUACUCUUUUGAUCACACUCUCUCUCCCUGCCUUGUUUUACAAGGUCAGCCUCUCAGGGAGUGUUUGAGGAGCUGGGAAAAGUCAACAGACUGCGGUUCCCAUUACUAACACCACUCACUGACUGACCCAACCAGGGGGAACACACACGCACCCUGUUGGGGAGGGGGAGAAAAAUAUAUAUUUUUAUACCGUAUUUUGACAUUUUAAAUAUAGAAGUUGCAAUGUGAUAGUUAACCCCUCUCUAUCUCAAUAUAAUUUUUUUUUUUUAAUUUUGAUGAGUUAUGAAAUAAAUCAGACAAAUGGUUUUACAGUAUUUGAUUUUUAAAAAAUAUCUCUGGUUAAAGAUCGGGUUUUGUUUACCGUUCGAGUACUCCACUACUCACACCCAUUUCUAUGUGUUUGCCUGUGGUUGUUGGGUUGGCUGCAGUGGUUAGAUCAGUGGAUUGAAGGGUUAUGGCAGGGUUUCCCAAACUCGGUCCUGGACACCCCAAGGGGUGCAUGUUUUGGUUUUUUGCCCUAGCACUACACAGCUGAUUCAAACGAUCAAAGCUUGAUGAUGAGUUGAAUCAGCUGUGUAGUGUUAGGGCAAAAACCAAAACGUGCACCCCUUGGGGUCCCCUGGACCGAGUUUGGGAAACGCUGGUUAUGGGUUGAUGUGACAUCAAGCCACUACAACCAACAGCAACAGUUGGCCAGUUUUCAACUGAAUGGGAGGCUAUGUUGAUGCAUAACAAUAUGACACCACCGCGCAAUAUGACACCGCGCAAUAUUUGUUCGGUCAUCACUCCCUUUUUUGACUUUUGCUCCCAUUCACUGUGCUUUUAUAUGCUCACCCUCUUUCUCCAUAUCCUUCACUCUCCUUCUCCCCUCUCUCUCCCUCUCCCAGGUCCAGUGUCAGUGUGCUUUUAUAUGCUCACCCUCUUUCUCCAUAUCCUUCACUCUCCUUCUCCCCUCUCUCUCCCUCUCCCAGGUCCAGUGUCAGUGUGCUUUUAUAUGCUCACCCUCUUUCCUCCAUAUCCUUCACUCUCCUUCUCCCUCUCUCUCUCCCUCUCCCAGGUCCAGUGGUCAGUGUGCUUUUAUAUGCUCACCCUCUUUCUCCAUAUCCUUCACUCUCCUUCUCCCCUCUCUCUCCCUCUCCCAGGUCCAGUGUCAGUGUGCUUUUAUAUGCUCACCCUCUUUCUCCAUAUCCUUCACUCUCCUUCUCCCCUCUCUCUCCCUCUCCCAGGUCCAGUGUCAGUGUGCUUUUAUAUGCUCACCCUCUUUCUCCAUAUCCUUUACUCUCUCCUUCUCCCAUCUCUCUCCCUCUCCCAGGUCCAGUGUCAGUGUGCUUUUAUAUGCUCACCCUCUUUUCUCCAUAUCCCUUCCACUCCUUCUCCCUCUCCUUCUCCCCUCUCUCUCCCUCUCCCAGGUCCAGUGUCAGUGUGCUUUUAUAUGCUCACCCUCUUUCUCCAUAUCCUUCACUCUCCUUCUCCCCUCUCUCUCCCUCUCCCAGGUCCAGUGUCAGUGCUUUUAUAUGCUCACCCUCUUUCUCCAUAUCCUUCACUCUCCUUCUCCCCUCUCUCUCCCUCUCCCAGGUCCAGUGUCAGUGUGUCACACCCGUCCCCCUCCAGUCCCACCCUGGAGGAGAGGAGGAGACCAGGUACCCUGCUCAUCUGGCAGGAGAGAGAGAGGAUCCAUCAGCGGAGAGACCACACGGCCAGAGACAACAGGUGAGGAGGGAGGGAGAGGGGGAGGGGGAGGGAGAGGGAGAGGGGGAGAGGGGGGAUCCUUUCUAUAAUGGAAGCUGGCUGUUAAGGCCUGACACAAACAUAUAUACUUUAAAAAGCUGUGAUCACAUUUUUUAUUUUUUUUUAAACCGGACAAUCAACAGAGUUCGUGCAAAAAAUAUAUAACAAAUAAAAUCCCACCCCAAUUUAAAAUGUUUUUUUAAGGUCAUUGUGCCAACUUAUCUAUUUACAACCAGCUGCUAGUCAACUUGUGCGAUAGAGGACUUAUGGUUAUUUUGGCUGUGUGGAUAUUUCACUUCUUCAAAUGGUGAACGACAAGGCAGUUGUACACAGCUAUAGACUUAACUUUCUAUGGAAACAACCGCCUUUCCAUUCCAUAUCUGAUUUCUAAACCUCUCCUUCCAGUUUACUGAAGACUACAACGGCCAAAACAGGAAGCCAUGUGGCGACGCUGUCACAGACAGGAAGUAGCUCGAGGUAAGAGACCUUAAAUCUUACAUGAACCAAGCUAGUCCAGGGAGUGAGAAAUCACUUUUACUGCCUGAAUUGAGGCAUGCGUUGUGUGAAAUGUUAAUGUAGACUGCAUUUAGACAGGCAGCCCAAUAUUUUUUCCUUUAAUUGGUCGUUGGACCAAUCACAUUUUUCACAUCUGAUAUUUUUCAGAGCUGAUCUGAUUGGUCAAAAUACCAAUUAGUGGGGGAAAAUAUCAGUAUUGUUCUGCCUGUCUAAGCGCAGACGUCUUUGUUUUUUCAAAGCCCCUGUUAUGGUCCUCUGUAGCUCAAUUGGUAGAGCAUGGCGCUUGUAACGCCAGGGUAGUGGGUUCGAUCCCCGGGACCACCCAUAUGUAAAAAUGUAUGCACACAUGACUGUAAGUCGCUUUGGAUAAAAGCAUCUGCUAAAUGGCAUAUUAUAUUAUUAUUUAUUUAGGGGGUAGAUCAGCUUAAUAUUGCAGAUAGAUUGUAACUUCUAUCAAUGUCAUUGUCUGUAUCCCAUGUUUCUAUACAUAUAUACACUGCUCAAAAAAAUAAAGGGAACACUAAAAUAACACAUCCUAGAUCUGAAUGAAUUAAAUAAUCUUAUUAAAUACUUUUUUCUUUACAUAAUUGAAUGUGCUGACAACAAAAUCACACAAAAAUUAUCAAUGGAAAUCAAAUGUAUCAACCCAUGGAGGUCUGGAUUUGGAGUCACCCUCAAAAUUAAAGUGGAAAACCACACUACAGGCUGAUCCAACUUUGAUGUAAUGUCCUUAAAACAAGUCAAAAUGAGGCUCAGUAGUGUGUGUGGCCUCCACGUGCCUGUAUGACCUCCCUACAACGCCUGGGCAUGCUCCUGAUGAGGUGGCGGAUGGUCUCCUGAGGGAUCUCCUCCCAGACCUGGACUAAAGCAUCCGCCAACUCCUGGACAGUCUGUGGUGCAACGUGGCGUUGGUGGAUGGAGCGAGACAUGAUGUCCCAGAUGUGCUCAAUUGGAUUCAGGUCUGGGGAACGGGCGGGCCAGUCCAUAGCAUCAAUGCCUUCCUCUUGCAGGAACUGCUGACACACUCCAGCCACAUGAGGUCUAGCAUUGUCUUGCAUUAGGAGGAACCCAGGGCCAACCGCACCAGCAUAUGGUCUCACAAGGGGUCUGAGGAUCUCAUCUCGGUACCUAAUGGCAGUCAGGCUACCUCUGGCGAGCACAUGGAGGUCUGGGCGGCCCCCCAAAGAAAUGCCACCUCACACCAUGACUGACCCACUGCCAAACCGGUCAUGCUGGAGGAUGUUGCAGGCAGCAGAACGUUCUCCACGGCGUCUCCAGACUCUGUCACGUCUGUCACGUGCUCAGUGUGAACCUGGUUUCAUCUGUGAAGAGCACAGGGCGCCAGUGGCGAAUUUGCCAAUCUUGGUGUUCUCUGGCAAAUGCCAAACGUCCUGCACGGUGUUGGGCUGUAAGCACAACCCCCACCUGUGAACGUCGGGCCCUCAUACCACCCUCAUGGAGUCUGUUUCUGACCGUUUGAGCAGACACUUGCACAUUUGUGGCCUGCUGGAGGUCAUUUUGCAGGGCUCUGGCAGUGCUCCUCCUGCUCCUCCUUGCACAAAGGCGGAGGUAGCAGUCCUGCUGCUGGGUUGUUGCCCUCCUACGGCCUCCUCCACGUCUCCUGAUGUACUGGCUUGUCUCCUGGUAGCGCCUCCAUGCUCUGGACACUACGCUGACAGACACAGCAAACCUUCUUGCCACAGCUCGCAUUGAUGUGCCAUCCUGGAUGAGCUGCACUACCUGAGCCACUUGUGUGGGUUGUAGACUCCGUCUCAUGCUACCACUAGAGUGAAAGCACCGCCAGCAUUCAAAAGUGACCAAAACAUCAGCCAGGAAGCAUAGGAACUGAGAAGUGGUCUGUGGUCACCACUUGCAAAACCAGUCCUUUAUUGGGGGUGUCUUGCUAAUUGCCUAUAAUUUCCACCUGUUGUCUAUUCCAUUUGCACAACAGCAUGUGAAAUAUAUUGUCAAUCAGUGUUGCUUCCUAAGUGGACAGUUUUAUUUCACAGAAGUGUGAUUGACUUGGAGUUACAUUGUUGUUUAAGUGUUCCCUUAAUUUUUUUGAGCAGUGUAUGUAUACAUAUACAGUGGGGAGAACAAGUAUUUGAUACACUGCCGAUUUUGCAGGUUUUCCUACUUACAAAGCAUGUAGAGGUCUGUAAUUUUUUAUCAUAGGUACACUUCAACUGUGAGAGACGGAAUCUAAAACAAAAAUCCAGAAAAUCACAUUGUAUGAUUUUUAAGUAAUUAAUUUGCAUUUUAUUGCAUGACAUAAGUAUUUGACACAUCAGAAAAGCAGAACUUAAUAUUUGGUACAGAAACCUUUGUUUGCAAUUACAGAGAUCAUACGUUUCCUGUAGGUCUUGACCAGGUUUGCACACACUGCAGCAGGGAUUUUGGCCCACUCCUCCAUACAGACCUUCUCCAGAUCCUUCAAGUUUUGGGGCUGUCGCUGGGCAAUACGGACUUUCAGCUCCCUCCCAAAGAUUUUCUAUUGGGUUCAGGUCUGGAGACUGGCUAGGCCACUCCAGGACCUUGAGAUGCUUCUUACGAAGCCACUCCUUAGUUACCCUGGCUGUGUGUUUCGGGUCGUUGUCAUGCUGGAAGAUCCAGCCACGACCCAUCUUCAAUGCUCUUACUGAGGGAAGGAGGUUGUUGGCCAAGAUCUCGCGAUACAUGGCCCCAUCCAUCCUCCCCUCAAUACGGUGCAGUCGUCCUGUCCCCUUUGCAGAAAAGCAUCCCCAAAGAAUGAUGUUUCACGGUUGGGAAACCGUGAAACUCCAUGCUUCACGGUUGGGAUGGUGUUUUUGGGGUUGUACUCAUCCUUCUUCUUCCUCCAAACACGGCGAGUGGAGUUUAGACCAAAAAGCUCUAUUUUUGUCUCAUCAGACCACAUGACCUUCUCCCAUUCCUCCUCUGGAUCAUCCAGAUGGUCAUUGGCAAACUUCAGACGGGCCUGGACAUGCGCUGGCUUGAGCAGGGGGACUUUGCGUGCGCUGCAGGAUUUUAAUCCAUGAUGGCGUAGUGUGUUACUAAUGGUUUUCUUUGAGACUGUGGUCCCAGCUCUCUUCAGGUCAUUGACCAGGUCCUGCCGUGUAGUUCUGGGCUGAUCCCUCACCUUCCUCAUGAUCAUUGAUGCCCCACGAGGUGAGAUCUUGCAUGGAGCCCCAGACCGAGGGUGAUUGACCGUCAUCUUGAACUUCUUCCAUUUUCUAAUUAUUGCGCCAACAGUUGUUGCCUUCUCACCAAGCUGCUUGCCUAUUGUCCUGUAGCCCAUCCCAGCCUUGUGCAGGUCUACAAUUUUAUCCCUGAUAUCCUUACACAGCUCUCUGGUCUUGGCCAUUGUGGAGAGGUUGGAGUCUGUUUGAUUGAGUGUGUGGACAGGUGUCUUUUAUACAGGUAACGAGUUCAAACAGGUGCAGUUAAUACAGGUAAUGAGUGGAGAACAGGAGGGCUUCUUAAAGAAAAACUAACAGGUCUGUGAGGGCCGGAAUUCUUACUGGUUGGUAGGUGAUCAAAUACUUAUGUCAUGCAAUAAAAUGCAAAUUAAUUACUUAAAAAUCAUACAAUGUGAUUUUCUGGAUUUUUGUUUUAGAUUCCGUCUCUCACAGUUGAAGUGUACCUAUGAUAAAAAUACAUAUACAUACAUACAUACACUUACAUACAUACAUACAUAUCCUUUAAAAAAAAUAUAUAUAUUCCCCUUUACUACUUUCCAACCCCACCAUCCCUUCCCUAAUUGGAGUAAACUAGUGAACAACAACGCUUAGGCCUCUACUUCCAGUUUAUACUUACUAUAUACAUUUUAUGGACACAGUCAAUUUGACAAUAAUUAUAUUUUGUAAGGUUUUUUUUCUCCUGAACUUCUUCUACUCUCAGCCCCUGUUAUGUUUUAUUAGUAGCACCUGUGUGCACAGUGACUGACCUGUGGUUUGUGUAUUUUCUCUCUGAAUGUGCUCUGUCUCCCCCUAGUGGUGGCUCACCAGAGAACAGCCAGUCCCAGAACGGCCUCAGACAGCGAUGUGCGGUCAGUCUCUCAGUCAACUCUUGAUACUUUCAUCAGAGUACACUCUCUCUUUUAUUUUUUUGACUUUCUUUUUGUCUUGAUGGGUAUUGUGUUACUAUUUAGUAUCAGCAGUAUAAUUCAUAGCCUGGUCCCAGAACUGUUGUCUCCUUCUAUAGCCUGGUCCCAGAUCUGUUGUCUCCUUCUAUAGCCUGGUCCCAGAUCUGUUGUCUCCUUCUAUAGCCUGGUCCCAGAUCUGUUGUCUCCUUCUAUAGCCUGGUCCCAGAUCUGUUGUCUCCUUCUAUAGCCUGGUCCCAGAUCUGUUGUCUCCUUCUAUAGCCUGGUCCCAGAUCUGUUGUCUCCUUCUAUAGCCUGGUCCCAGAUCUGUUUGUGCUCUUGCCCAACUGGGCGCAUGAUAGCACAAACAGACUGGUACCCAGACUGUAUAAUCCACACCGUAUAUGUAAAUAAUGUCAUUGACUCUCUCCCCCUUCAACAGAGUGCAGAUCAGAUGUCAUUGUCUCACGUGGCCCCGGUUCAGCGCUCUGUUAGCCGAUCAGGUAAACACACCAGUACAGCUCACCUGCGACCUCCUGUCUCCUAGUGCAGACAACUCCGAUGUUAGUUAACAAAAGUUGUGUGUUUUUCAGACGGUCCGUCGUCUCCCAAGGCGUCGUCUCCUCCAGGCCUGAGCCAGAAACCCAACAGCUUCCUGUUCCGCACCUCGUCUCGCUGCAGCGUCAACAGCCAGGUCUCCAUCUCAGGCUCCACACACAGUCUGGUGGAGGCAGGCCGCUCCGUGUUGCGGAGAGAGGAAAGGCCAGAUGUGGCACAGCUACGCAAGGUAUUGCAUGGUUUACCUCAUUUCUAUAUCGUCUCCUUCCCUCCACAGUUCUUUCUCUUUUAAUUUAAUUACUUUUUGAUUUAACCUUUAUUUAACUAGGUAAGUCAGUUAAGACCCCCCCCCCCCCCCAUCAUCUCUCUGUAUCUCUCUCAUCUCCAUCUCUCUCUACCUCCAUCUCUCUGUAUCUCUCUCUCUACCUCCAUCUCUCUGUAUCUCUCUCUCUACCUCCAUCUCUCUCUCUCUCUCUCUCUCUCUCUCUCUCUCUCUCUCUCUCUCUCUCUCUCUCUCUCUCUCUCUCUCUCUCUCUCUCUCUCUCUCUCUCUCUCUCUCUCUCUCUCUCUCUCUCUCUCUCUCUCUCUCUCUCUCUCUCUCUCUCUCUGUCCCCCGUCCAUCUCUGUUAGACUCUGGAGUCGAGGUUAAAGACCACCCUGCCAGAGGAUCUAGGCGAGGCGUUGUCCAAUGGAACGGUCCUCUGCCAGCUGGCCAAUCACAUGCGGCCUCGCGCUGUGUCCAUCAUCCACAUUCCCUCCCCAGCAGUGGUAAGCCAAUCACAGAAAUCUAUUGUAAAAUUUGACUCAGUUUACAAUAAAUGAGUAGACCGGGACUUGAUUUGACCAAAAAGUUAAUAAUAUGGUAUUUGUUUUGAUGAUGUGUCUGUGAGUCUGUGUUAACUCUGUGUCUGAGUCUGUUAACACUGUCUGUGUGUUGUGUCUGUGAGACUGUGUUAACCUCUACGGGAUCAGUGUCCCGUAUACGGGACGUUUGCGCUAAAGUGCGCUAAUGUGAUUAGCAUGACUGUUGAAAGUAACAGCAAACUUUCCAGGACAUAGACAUGUCUUAUAUGGGCAGAAAGCUUAAAUUAUUGUUAAUCUAACUGCACUGUCCAAUGUACAGUAGCUAUUACAGCGAAAGAAUACCAUGCUAUUGUUUGAGGAGAGUGCACAACAAAAAACUUAUCAUGGCAACUGGUUUGAUACAUUCACCUCUGAAGGUAAAUGAUGUACUUACAUUCAGUAAUCUUGCUCUGAAAUGUCAUCCUAAGGGUCCCAGAGAUAAAAUGUAACAGUUUUGUUUGAUAAAAUCAAUUUUUAUAUUCAAAUGUAGGAAAUGGGUUCUACAAUUUGAACCCCUGCUGUCUCUGGCUCCACGGCCAUCUAGAUGUGUGAAAGUUAGUGUAUAAGCUAAUGAUCCAUCAUGUAUGACAUUCCUGGGAGUGUGUAAACUUACAUUUUCUAUUACCAUAUCAUUUUUGUAUGUUCUCUAUAGUUAUGUACUUGAAAAUGUAUCAAUUGACCAAUUCGGCACAUUUGGGCAGAAUUUAUACAAAAUAAUGCUUCACUGGAUCAAUCUGAAACGUUGCACACACUGCUGCCAUCUAGUGGCCAAAAUCUAAAUUGCGCCUAAACUGCAAUAUUAUAUUGUGACCUCUUGCAUUUCAAAGAUGGAACAAAAAAAAGACAGAAAAGGCAUGUUUUUUUGUUUGUAUUAUCUUUUACCAGAUCUAAUGUGUUAUAUUCUCCUACAUUAAUUUCACAUUUCCACAAACUUUAAAGUGUUUCCUUUCAAAUGGUAUCAAGAAUAUGCAUAUCCUGGCUUCAGGUCCUGAGCUACAGGCAGUUAGAUUUGGGUAUGUCAUUUUAGGAGGAAAUUGAAAAAAAAGGGUCCGAUCCUUAAGAGGUGUUAACACUGUCUGUGGGUUGUGACUGUGAGUCUGUUGUGACUGUGAGUCUGUUAACACUGUGACUGUGAGUCUGUUAACACUGACUGUGUGUUGUGACUGUGAGUCUGUUAACACUGUGACUGUGAGUCUGUUAACACUGUGACUGUGUGUUGUGAGUCUGUUAACACUGUGACUGAGUCUGUUAACACUGUGACUGUGUGUUGUGACUGUGAGUCUAACACUGUGACUGUGAGUCUGUUAACACUUUGACUGUGUUGUGACUGAGUCUGUUAACACUGUGACUGUGAGUCUGUUAACACUGUGGACUGUGUGUUGUGACUGUGUCUGUUAACACUGUGACUGUGAGUCUGUUAACACUGUGACUGUGAGUCUGUUAACACUGACUGUGUGUUGUGACUGUGAGUCUGUUAACGCUGUGACUGUGAGUCUGUUAACACUGUGACUGUGAGUCUGUUAACACUGUGACUGUGUGUUGUGACUGUGAGUAUGUUGUGACUGUGAGUCUGUUAACACUGUGACUGUGAGUCUGUUAACACUGUGACUGUGUGUUGUGACUUUGAGUCUGUUAACACUGUGACUGUGAGUCUGUUGUGACUGAGUCUGUUAACACUGUGACUGUGAGUCUGUUAACACUGACUGUGUGUUGUGACUGUGAGUCUGUUAACACUGUGACUGUGAGUCUGUUAACACUGUGACUGUGUGUUGUGACUGUGAGUCUGUUAACACUGACUGUGAGUCUGUUAACACUGUGACUGUGUGUUGUGACUGUGAGUCUGUUAACACUGUGACUGUGAGUCUGUUAACACUGUGACUGUGUGUUGUGACUGUGAGUCUGUUAACACUGUGAGUCUGUUAACACUGUGACUGAGUCUGUUAAAACGGACUGUGUGUUGUGACUGUGAGUCUGUUAACACUGUGACUGUGAGUCUGUUAACACUGUGACUGUGAGUCUGUUAACACUGUGACUGUGUGGUGUGACUGUGAGUCUGUUAACGCUGUGACUGUGAGUCUGUUAACACUGUGACUGUGAGUCUGUUAACACUGUGACUGUGUGUUGUGACUGUGAGUCUGUUAACACUGUGACUGAGUCUGUUAAAACGGACUGUGUGUUGUGACUGAGUCUGUUAACACUGUGACUGUGAGUCUGUUAACACUGUGACUGUGAGUCUGUUAACACUGUGACUGUGUGGUGUGACUGUGAGUCUGUUAACACUGUGACUGUGUGUUGUGACUGUGAGUAUGUUGUGACUGUGAGUCUGUUAACACUGUGACUGUGAGUCUGUUAACACUGUGACUGUGAGUCUGUUAACACUGUGACUGUGAGUCUGUUAACACUGUGACUGUGAGUCUGUUAACACUGUGACUGUGAGUCUGUUAACACUGGGACUGUGAGUCUGUUAACACUGGGACUGUGAGUCUGUUAACACUGGGACUUUGAGUCUGUUAACACUGUGACUGUGAGUCUGUUGUGACUGUGAGUCUGUUAACACUGUGACUGUGAGUCUGUUAACACUGACUGUGUGUUGUGACUGUGAGUCUGUUAACACUGUGACUGUGAGUCUGUUAACACUGUGACUGUGUGUUGUGACUGUGAGUCUGUUAACACUGUGACUGUGAGUCUGUUAACACUGUGACUGUGAGUCUGUUAACACUGUGACUGUGAGUCUGUUAACACUGUGACUGUGUGUUGUGACUGUGAGUCUGUUAACACUGUGAGUCUGUUAACACUGUGACUGAGUCUGUUAAAACGGACUGUGUGUUGUGACUGAGUCUGUUAACACUGUGACUGUGAAUCUGUUAACACUGUGACUGUGAGUCUGUUAACACUGUGACUGUGUGUUGUGACUGUGAGUCUGUUAACGCUGUGACUGUGAGUCUGUUAACACUGUGACUGUGAGUCUGUUAACACUGUGACUGUGAGUCUGUUGUGACUGUGAGUCUGUUAACACUGUGACUGUGAGUCUGUUAACACUGGGACUGUGAGUCUGUUAACACUGUGACUGUGAGUCUGUUAACACUGUGACUGUGAGUCUGUUAACACUGUGACUGUGAGUCUGUUAACACUGGGACUGUGUUGUUGACUCUGCCUGAUGUUGGUCUCUCUGCCCCUUUAGCCAAAGUUGAGCACUGCCAAGUGUCGUCUCAACGUGGAGAACUUCAUCUCUGCCUGUCGUAGGCUGGGGGUCCCUGAGGUAACAACUUCUCUUUGAUGCUUUUCUUCUUUCUAUGGUUCAUCACAUGUAAAAAUGUCAUGGCGUCCCCUUAAUCACGUAUGGUAGUAUUUUUCUCAGCUCUGAAAUGAUCCAGUAAUGCUUUACAAACAGUUUUUGUUAGCUACUUGUUGCAUUGUCCUUCUGUGCUUGACCAUCGUGUCUUGUUCUGCUCUAGCUGGGUCCCUAGGUCACUUUCUUAUCUUUUCUUCUUUUGUUAUCACUGUAAUGUCUGCGCCCUAUCACUUGUAGUCUUUUUCUCGUCUUGAAAUGAUCCGUACGCUUUACAACUGUUUUGUAGCUACUGUUCGCAUGUCCUCUGGUUUGAGCAUUUGUUGCCUUGGUCGCUGAGUUUCUGGUAUCCGUUGAUCUCUGUUCUGUCACUCCUUCGCGCCAUCUUGCUUCGUCUGCAGUCUUCCCCUCUUCCGUAUCCGCUUUCUGUCAUCUUCCCCCUCGCUUCAUCCUGCUUUCUGUCAUUCCCCCUCCGUUCAUCUCUGCUUGUCACUUCCCCAUCUUGUUCACUUUUCUCUGUCUCUCCACUGCUCGUCACCCUCCAGUCAUCCCGCCACCUCCAUCCCCCUCUCCAUCUCCCCCUCUCCAUCUCCCCCCUCCAUCUCCCCUCCACCCCGCCCCAUCUCCCAUCCCACCAUCCCCAAAAAGAACACUCCACGACCCACGCCAAAACAACACACCCGCACUCCACAGCCACACCCCAGAACAUCUCCACGCCCCCUCUAACACCGCCCCAUCCCCCCACUCCUCUCCCCCCUCCACCCCCCAAAAGCAAAGAGCAACCCCCUCCAGAAAAAGACCCCCGAAAGAAAAAGAGAACAGAGAAAACUACCUCUCCAUCCCCCUCGUCCAAGAGCCUCUCAGAGAAAAGCUCAGAGCACCAGCGAAAAAAACAGAAAGAGAAAAGAUACCACCAUCCACGCUCCCAUAUCCCCCUACAUAUCACCCCUCCCCUCCAUCUCCCCCUCUACAUGCCCACCUCUCCAUCUCCCAAUCCCCCUCUCCCCCCCUCUCCAUCUCCCCCUCUCCAUCUCCCCCUCUCCCUCCCUUUAUCAGACGGAGGUGUGUGUGUUCUCUGACGUGUUUCUCUGUAAGCUGCCUGCUGUGCUGCGCUGUGUGGAGGCCCUCGUGAAAUGUGAGGUAGAGGGGGAGACCCCCCACAACCCCUGCCCCUCACUGCUCUCGGAGGGCUUCCUGGUCUUCUACAUCCUGGUCAUGGUCCUGCUCUACACACUGUACCGUCACCUGGUCACAUAGAUACUGAGGACCCUGUUCUACACUGUACUAUCACCUGGUCACAUAGAUACUGAGGAGCCUGUUCUACACUGUAAUA